CAAGAUGACAACGAACAGCCUGAUCCAACUUUUGUAAAAACCACCAUCAAAAUGGCCGACAUGGCAGGCCUCGCCUUGGGCGUGGUAUCCCUGGGCAUCACUGUCUGCAAAGGCAUCAUCACGUACGCAGACGCCGUCAGCAGCUACUCCGGCGACGUGAAAUCCCUGAGCAACCUCGCCACGAACCUCGAUCGCAAUCUUCGUAUUGCCCAGGAGACCAUCAACAGGCAUGUCUCAUCGACUGCCUCGGACACAGGGCCGUCACAAACGAAUACAGCUCUGUCCACCAUGCAGCCUUCUACCGCCAUGGUCGAGACAGAGAAAGCGUCCCAAGACACCAUCACGACUUCGCUGUCAGUCUCUUCGGUGGGAGCGUGCAUAAAGUCUUGCGAAGCCGAUCUGCGCGCGCUCGAGAGUCUCGUUGACGACCUCGCGGGGGUGCCGCUCUCGAACCCGACUUUCCGCGAGAGCUGCCGCAGAGUCUUCAAGAAGUUGACUUAUGCCCUCCACAGCGAAAAGAAGGCCGAGAUGGAGCACAGGAUGAACAGUGUCAACAGCACUUUGCAAGUGGCGUUGCAGAAUCUCGGGAUCAACAUCUCGUUGGAUCAAACCGAUCUUGUCAAGAAGGCACACGCCGAGACGGCCGCGAAAAUCGACCAGAAUUCCGCGGCAAUCAUGCUGCAUAGAGGCCGAAACCCGAAUCGUCGUGUCACAAAGGGCAAUGACAAGGGAGACUAG